AGAGAAGGACCACGGACUCCGGUAUAAAAGGUCGAAAUGUCUUCGGGCAGAUGCUCAACUCAUCGCCCUGACACCACAUGGCUAACAUGAAGCUCCUUCUGAUCACGUCCGUGAUUUGCUUCGCGGCAGCUUUAGCAGUGCCGACCGAUAAGAAGAAAAGGGAAAUCCUGCCGGGUGAUCCGCGCUACGGAACCGAUUAUCACCAUCAGCAUCAUCACCAUCAUGAGCACGAGAACGAAGUGGAGAUUUCGAAAGCAGCCGGCGGCUACGUAGGUUCUUUCUCAGAAGACGCAAAAGCUCACUCCGCACAACUUUCGUCGUCCUAUGGACCGCCCAACUUUAUUCCCGGCAAACCUUUAGGCUCUGAUUACACAUCUAGCGAUACUAUUCAAAAUCCUGUUCCCCAGGUGCCAGCUACCUCUUACGGAGUACCUGACAUUCAGAUCAACAACAAUUAUGCCGAGUCAAAUGAAGCCAAAGCGGAUACAGUUAUCCAGGCCAACUUAAACUCCGACUAUCAAGUACCAGCUAUUGAAGCGCCCAUCACUUCUUACGCUAAGGAGGAGGCACAGACCUCAUACGAAGCUGCCGUAAAUACUAACACCCAUCAACAGUCUGAAGUUGAGACUCAUGUGCAAAAGUCCGUUAUUCCUGAAGUCCAUCAAGAUGUUGUUCACCAGGAUUCACAUCCAGUCUCCGUUCCACAGACUGUCUCUGUGUCGCAAGUGAAGGCAACGAAGGCUCACGUGCCUGUCAAGACUCAAGAAGUCCAACACAGCUUGCCUUUUUACACCUCUUCCAUCAGUAGUUUUCCCAAUUUCGACUUUUCAUACCCCUCGUACAGCAGUGUACCGGUGAAGACUGUGGACCGUCACGUACACGUAAAGGUGCCCCAACCAUAUCCAGUACCAAUAACCAAACACGUAACAUAUCCCGUCCCUGUUCCCCACCCUGUCGAAGUUCCCAAGCCUUACUAUGUUCGCGUGGCCCAACCUGUCCCGGUGACCGUGAAUCGUCCAUAUGCCGUGGAAGUGCCUCGCGCAGUGCCAUACCCGGUUCCCCAUUAUGUCAGAACCAACGUUCCGGUCGUUCAGCAGCAACACAUAAACGUUAAGGCCAACAAUCCGUUCGAGGGCUUCAUCGAGAAUGCCCAGGGCGUGGUAAGCAAUUUGCCGGCUUUCGAGAACCCGUUUGGAUCGUUUCAAAUCCCGGGUUUUCAGGAUAUUCAGAAUCAGUUUCCCCAGAAUUUCCCUUUCGCGCUGCCUUCUUUUCCCUCAUUCACUCCCUCGGCGACCCAAUCCCCUGUCCCGGCUCAGGUCAGCAAUGUACCGACCGCGAACAGCGCCGAUUCGAUUGUGAUUGAAAAUCCAACUCUGAACGCCGAGACCACAAACACGAAGACUGUCGUUGCGCAACCGGCUGUCACGCAUUAUGCCAGACAUCAAACCACGCAGCCGACAUUUAAACCCACCACCACGGGCGCCGGCAGUUCCGUUUCCGCCACUCAUACCACCGCCAAACAAGAACAUGUGAAGUCUAAUGGUGACGCCAACGGUGGCUAUUCUUAUUAAAAUGUUUAUCUUGUAAUUGACAAUGAAUAGACUACUGGAAUUUCUCAGUGGAAAUGCCAAAUAAUUAUUUAACGCGAGAAUAUAUUUCUAAAUCAAAUCUCUAUUGGAUUAAUUGAAAAGUUUUUUUUUCAACAGUUGGAGUUUCAGAAUCUCAUUGAAGUUUAAUUU